CCAGAAGGAAACGUCGGAGAGCUGAGUCGAAUUAACUAUUUCUGUCUGUCCGUCCGUCUGCCUGUAUAUACGUGAACUAGUUCCUCAAAGAUAUUUGUUUCCUUUUCAAGAGGUUGCACAUUUGUCGAAACCAAAACCAUGCCCUUGUAUGGAAAAUUUGUUUAUUUGUCAAAAUGUCAAAGCAACGUUACAAUCUCCGAAGAAAUUGUUUAUUUCGGACCACUUUAGUAUUCAGCUGCCAUUGAAACUGACCGAUCAAAAUCGAGUAUGUAUAUAUAUGUACAUAUGUAAGUAACAUAAAUGCAUGGCCAGGAGAAGGUUGAAGCUUAUUGGUUUGCUGGUGCUAUUGCCAAUACUACUGCACAAAUCAUAACGCAUCCAAUUGAUUUGGUACGAAUGUUGGUUCAGUCAAAUGCAAAAAAAGUAUCGUCACGCGAUAUUGUUAAAGAAAUCUUGGAAAAACAAGGAAUCUUGGGUUUCACAUUUAGCUUGCGGACCGCAACUCAAAGACAAAUUGUCUAUUCGAUAAUGCGUUUUGGUCUCUACGAAAUGGGAAAACAAGCCGAAAGCUCGGAUCAUUUCUUUCACAAAGCCACAGUAGCUGCAGAAAGUGGAUUGGUCGCGGGUUUCCUUGUCACGCCUUUCGAGAAAGUAAAUGUGCGCAUGUGUACAGAUAUUAUAAAAUCGCCGGAUAAAAGCCGAAAGUACUCAUCAGUUUUUAAUGGAGUUAUAAGUUCGUAUAAAAAAGGUGGAUUAUCCAAAGUGUACAGAUGCGCCUUUAUAUCCUCGGUGCGCGGAAUGUUCAUGUCAGUGGGGCAGUUGGCGGUUUAUGAUGAGCUCAGAGAAGUAUUUUUCAAGACCGAGCGGUUUAAGGAAAACUGGCAUUCAUGCUUCAUGGCUUCAUUGAUAGCGGGUGGGGUCACCACAAUAAUAAUAACACCCGUCGAAGUGGUUAAACUAAUAUUUAUGGAUGCAAGCAGAUAUCAAUAUCGUAGUAGUUUGGAUGUAAUGCGUACGCUUGUACAAGUCCACGGCUAUAGGGGAUUCUAUCGUGGAAUAUUUGUUUCUUUUCUGCGCAUUGUGCCGUCUACUUUGCUAACUUAUUUACUCUACGAGUGGAUAUGUCUGGAAUUCAAUUUAGGCAGUUGAGUAUUAAUAUGUAUCGCUUCGGAGCAAAACAAAUAACAGUGCUUAAACAGAUUGUUUUAGCGAUUAGUUUUUUGAAAAAUCACACCAACGGGUCUACGUAACCAGAAUGAAGCCGAAAUUGUAUCAUAGUUAUUUCUGGAAUGUUUUCUGUUUUUACAACAAAUAUAUUUAUUUUAUAUAUGUACAUAUAUUAC